GCGGUGAUGCCCGUAGUGGAUCCCGGCGUGAGGUGUGCGUCACGUCUCGUCGGCGGAAACUCUCGCACAAAUCGAAACGGAUCUCGCGGUAACUCGGUCCCAAGAACCCUUUCCGCUUCCGGCUCACCCUCCCGCCGUUCUUGUCGCGCGAGACACAACGAGACAGCGUUGAUUAUUAUGCGCUCGCUGUUUCGAAGCGGCAUCCUCUGCCUUGUCCUCGUCGCGGCAAUGACGUCCCCCGCGCAUUCCGGCAGGCCGACCAGGGCACUGGCUUUCCGCAAGGGCAGCAGCUUUUUCAUUCGGCUGAACUACAAGAUAAACUCGUUGCCUUACACCGUAAUCUUCGCGCAAGCGGCUGGCUUCAAGGCAGCAUGGGAAUUGCCGAGCUCCGGUGAGCCCCGGGUCGUCCGGUCUGUCUCCGACAUCAGCGAGCACGUCGAGCUCGUGUACGAGAGUCACGGCUUCAACGGUCGCUCCUGCCUGCUGAAGAGCAUCUGCCAGGUGUCGCGGUACAUGAAUGGGCAGGACGGUGUUAUAAGGAAGAUUUUGAAGCUACUCGCGAGGUCGUCGCUCAGCAACAGCACCAGACACGAGGAUCCGUUGCUGUGCGAACGUCAGGCCAGCGACUGUCCUCUGCAGCUGAUCAGGCUGGACAGCUUCGCGGGGAGCGUCGUGUGAGAUCUCUUGUAUUCUUCGUGAAUUAAUAAAUACAAAUUAAGUCACCGCACACACCACGACCGUGAUCGACGCCUGUUUGUUUGCUCUCGCUCGGUUAUGAAACGAGCGAGCCAUUCCGGCCGCCUACAGAACUGCCGCUCGAUCGCACUCCUAUCUGCGGUGUUAUCGUCAGACGACGUGGGUGAGAAAUGACGACGGUUAAUGAAACAUUUGUCAUUCCGCAAAACCGCAUUCGAAUUAUUCCCGGGAGAGAUUCCGGCUUAGCGAGUGGUAAAAUAUGACGGCGCGUCAGAC